CUCAGAUUGGGCACAGACGGAAAGAGAACUUUGGCUGGUGUGCUCUGGACAAAAGACUUAAACAAACAAAAUUGUGCCAGUGACAAAACUUUGUUCACGAUUUAUCGCUCUCAUCUCUAAACAACGCAUUCUUCAUAUAUUUUGUGAAAGAAAAUAGUGUUUUAGUUUUCAGAGCAGAAUUGUAUAACCUCCAGCUACAGGUUGCACGCCGGCAUCAUUUUAAACCUUCAUCGCCCACUGACACGAAGCUUCCAGAAAAGGAUUCGACAUGACUCCUGUCAGGUGUUUCCUCCUCUUUUUUCUAGCUGGAGGUGUUGUUGCGGUUCCUCUGUCCAGUCCGGCCUGCUGCGGUCCGGAACAGGUGAGAAAAUCGCGGCGAGGUGCUUAUGAGAACGGAAUGCCGUUGGAGCAGGCGAUAAGACAGGAAUACCUUCAGCAGCUGCACGAGGCGAAGCUGGAGCAGCAAGAAAGGCAGCAAGAGGAGCUGCAGGAGCUGGUGGAAGGCACCGAGGGCCUAAGGCAGAUUGCAGAUCAGAUGGUCUUAGACCUCAUAAGCAGGUACAUGGGACAAAUGUUGCGACCCACGCAGGCGACUGCAGCUCCGAUGCAAAAAUGUGUCACUCGUUCUGCUGUGGUGAACCUAGCGCAGCGCCAGACAGCAGGAAUUGUCACAUUUACAGUGUGUGGGGAAGGAACGAACACCAAACUCCAGUUCCGGUUCUUCAUUCCGGGAGAAACGACCACAGCGGCCGAUACCACGACCACCGUUGAAACCACGACAGAACUGCUGACCACCACAACCGCCCGCCCACCACAACCACCGAACUCACCACCACAACUGAAUACACCACCCCGCCUACGACAACUACUCCAGCUGCGUGUCCUUGCAGAGCAGGAGCUGCAGGCGUUGCCCCGGAGGAAGAAACCACCGCAGCCAACAAUGACGCCUUCGUUCGGCAGUAGACCAAACGGUGACGAGUCUUGUCGAUGUUUAUGAUGUGUGGGUGUUGCUAGGUGUGAACACACCAAACACCGUGAAGCACAGUGUGCUCACCUUCACAGGUGAUAUCGUGGACUGCUCUACGCCCACCAAGCCUGCCCACCGAGCGCCUCCACCAUCACCUCGUCACUAACCCAAUGAACGGAGGACUAUAUAUCAUUCAGCGUAUUUUGUUUGCAAAAAGGUUCUCCUGAUGUGAACCAGUGUAUGAAAUCAUUCUGGAGCAAAACCUGAAAUAUUUUAUUUGGCCUUCUUGGUCAGGCUGCAGACUCGAGAGCUUAAUUACUCACAAUAAUGUCUGGCUACCUGCAACUCACGUUGCGCUGAAAAUAAACCUCGUUCAACAGUGA